AUGUCGAGUCUCAUGUGGAAGAGCUUCAACUUUUUCUUCUCCAACUCCAAGUGCUUUCCAACCAUAUCCCUCUCUCCCCCGCCUCCCUCCGCCGCCGCCGCCGCCGACCAGGAUCACCAACUCCCCACCGCCACCAACCCCACACUAAUUAAGAAUUUCAACUCCUUAUACGACGCCAACUACUCCGAUUUCUCAGCCUCCAAAUCCGGCCCCUUCUCCCCCUCCGAAGACUUCAAUUCCUCCUCCUCCGCCGAAGACUCCGACGUCCCGGAUUUCUCCACGGCCUUCGCCUCCCACCGCUUCUUCUUCUCCUCCCCCGGCACCUCAAACUCCAUCGUCGAGCCGCUCCAACCGCAGCCGCCGCCGCACCCUGACGCCAUCGUAGGCGGCGGCGUCGCCGUCCAUACGUACUCGCCGGAUCCCUACUCCGAUUUCCGGCAAUCCAUGUUUGAAAUGAUCGAAGCUCGCGACGCCACGGCUGAUUGGGACUACUUGAAUGAGCUGCUCUUGUGUUAUCUAUCGUUGAACCCCGGCCACACCCACAAGUUCAUCGUCGGCGCCUUCGCCGACGUCGUCGUCUCGCUCGCCGCCACCCCGCCGCCCGUGGACUGCCGACGAAAACACGGUGUCACUUCAAAUUCAUCUAUGAAAUGUUAAUUAUUUUUAAUGAUGAAAUAAUCAUCUUUAUUAAAUGUGUUAAACUAAUGUAAUGUGUGGGGUAUUGGUUAGAAGAGAAGUGACGUGGAUAUCUCUAAAAAUAAUGGAGUAAUUUUUGGGAAAGUUUUUGUGUUGUGUAUAAUGCUGUCCCAAUGAAGAAUGUCUUUUAUUCUCGUUU